AUGGCGACGGCAAAGCGAGCCAAGCAGAACGAAGUGGUGGGGUCGACGAUAAAGUACGAUGACAAAACGCAAAGCUACAAAAGGAGCGGAAAGUUCGUGAACUUUGGCGUCGGCGACAACAGGGUUUACGAUGUAGGAGAGGUUUUCCUCAAGAACAACGUGUUUUUCGGCAUCAUCAGCGAGACUGCCAGGGUCAUCACGCUCGGCAGUCCCUCGUCGAGCGGCGACAGCGAGUUCGAUAAGAACAUCGUGUUGGUUUGGGCACUGAGUCGCGUGGACCACGCAUUCUCGAAGAACUGCACAUCGGAAAACCUCUCCGGUAUUAUCAAGGCGUGCUCGGGAAAUAGCUGUGCAUCGUCCUGUCUGCGCGGAAUCAAGUACACGAACAAAUUCGGAUCCGAGUGCCUGAUCCACCUGAACGGCAAUGGCAUGAAAGACGUCUGCCGCAUCAUGGGGCACGACGCGUCCGGUCUCCACGUCCGUGCUGCCGAUCUGCUAAACGAAAACUAUCGUGGCCAUCGUUCGAACGGCGAUUCCGUGAUACCCGUGUCAGGCAUACGGGCGAACGACAUGCCCGCCUUCAAGAUGAUGUACCGAGAAAAGAUUGUCAUGCCCCAGAGGAUUGGCUCAAAGGAGUUCUUGAUUACCAAGGAGGUUUUCGACGCAGAGGAACUCUUCAAGGCUUCUCUCAACCACUUGAAGACAAACUUUGUGAUGGAAAGCAAAAUCGAGAUUGGAAACGAUCCCGAGGCAGACGAGCAGCUGAUUGAAGAGCAGCUAAACGCGUGCAACACUGCCAUGAACAAUGGUAUGUCCUACAUCUGCGGGAUGCCCGGCGUGGGCAAGACCUCAUCUCUCUGCAAGGUGAUUCAGAAUUCCAACGGGACGGUAAUCUUGACGCCGUCGCACGUCGCCAGAGAUGUUGUUCACCAGAGGGCGAAGAAGAACCUGAUUCCCGAGUCCACCUUCAGCGUGGAAGUUUUGGCUUUCGGCAUCCGGCACGUACACACAUGGCAUCCGGAUGCCGACAAGUCGGAGUUCAACCCGUCCGACAGGUCUUGCCAAAUGAUGAAGAAGUUUCAGCAGCCGGACGGCAGCAUGCAGGUGGAGACUCUGAUCAUCGAGGAGACUUCCAUGGCGGAUAUCUUCCAGACAUCGGCCGUCCUCGCGGCAUUCUGCGAGUUCCCGUCAUUCAAGAGGGUUGUGUUUUGCGGAGACCAUAAUCAGCUGGAGUCUAUCUCCAAGGGUUCUGUGCUGAGGGACGUGAUGGCAUCGUCGAGCGUACCUGGCACGAUUCUUCAAGUCAACCACCGUUCCAAGUCUGGUUUGUCACAAAAUCUUCCGAGGAUCAUCACAUCUUCGCUGGUCUUCAUGGAAGAAGACGACACUUUCGAAAUCAGAGAGCACGGGAUAGACGAUUGUCACGUGGAGACCGACAAAUUCAACAGGCGUCGUGUGAUCAUUCGCGAUCCUAUCAUCCGGUUGUUCCUAGAGCACGUAGAGAAAAGAAUCCCUUGCCACGUGUUUGCGCACACCAAUAUAGAGGUGAAGCAGCUCAACUCGGGCAUCAAGCUCGCGCUGUUCGGCGACGACUCUGUGCUUUUCCCGGUCGGAUGCAAAGUUCGCGUGAAAGACUGUGAGGUCAUCAACCCUGCCGUUUUUCACCACAACGACUUUUUAACGAUUGUAGAAGUCCGGGGAUCAAAGGAGUACUUGGUGAAGAGGUGGUCGGAUCCACAAGAGUAUCCGAGGCUCACGCUGAUCAAGAUAGACGGUCGCAUCAGGGACGCCCUGGACCUCGGUUUCGCCAGCACCAUCUUCAGCUUUCAGGGCAGCGAGGUGGACAACGUCAUUUGCCACACUGUGCCUAACUCGGCCUACUUUCACAGGAACGCUCUCUUCACCGGUGUGUCCCGGGCUCGGAAGAAGGCAUACAUCAUGGGCGUGCGUGACGAUACGUGCUCGUGGAAGAAAGUUCUGUUCAAAAAAGCUGUGCCCAGGAUUUCCAAUCUAUCGAAGAUGAUAUGA